CGGGGAAAAUGUGCGUGUGCGUCGUCUGUGGGAGGCUCGCCGGUCUGUCGCUCGUCUGUAGCGCUCAGGUGCGCUUCAUCCUCACUCAGAGGUGAAAACUUUCCGAAACCGCUACCAUGGAUUAUAAGAUAUCAGCAGGCAGUCAUUUAUGAAAAUACAGUGAAAUAUGUUGAAGCAUCGCGGCAGCGUCGGAGGAAAGCCCGAUUAAAGCCGUUAAAGUCCUCUGUGACGGUUUCCACUGACUUUUAUCUUUUACUACUCGCUCCUCUCUAUCUGGCUCUAAAGCUGGACUCUUAGACUCUUCCCCCCCCCAGCCUUUCACACUAUCUUUCCAACUUUUUCCUCAACUAUCCCACGUAGCUCACAUCCUCUCCUGCUCUCGCCUGUCCUUUACUUUCUUCUCUUGUCAUGUCUGUAUCCAUGAGGAACCCACCGCAGCGCCGGCGCUCUCUUGGUCCCGUCUCACCCAAACGCAUCUACAGAAACCUGUCCUUCAGACUCAGGGGGGGUGGAGAGUCAUCUGUUGCCGCCGACUUGGAUGCGCCUAAACGCCCCAGCAAGUCUGCAGAUGCUUACAAGACCCUGUGGGAGGCAGUGGAAAAUGAGGAUACACUGGCUGUACAAAGCCUUCUGUCCAGAGACCGCAGCAGCGGUGGAGGAGGCGGAGGCGUGUGGGACAAAGGAGAGAAGAGAGAGAGGGACUGGGAGAGGGACCGGGAGAAAGGGGUGAACAGAGUGAGUGAACAGGGGCUGGUCCCCCUGGAUGUGGCUGCCCUUACCCAUAAUUCCCCUCUGCUUCAUGUACUGACAAAGGCAGGAGCCAGACACAACCCUGUUUUGUGCCGACCAGCGGAGUGGGCACUCAAGCUGGACGCUCUGGUGGCCCUGGCAGAUAAACGGACAGAAGAGAGGAAGACGGAGUUAGCGAUAAAGGCCGGGGCAGGCCCUCAGGCACAGGCUGAUCUUCAGAGGCACAUCCAGCUCUGGAGGCUGCGGCAGCAGCUGUACUAUCGGAUGAGAGAGAACUUCCAGAACACAGAGCUCCCGGGCCCUCCCAGUCAUGUGUCCAUCCUGGUGACGAGCACAUCAUCUCUGUUUGUGACAAUCAAAGAGCCAGAGGGGGACACGGUGGGGCUCAUCACCCGCUACAGAGUCGAAUGGAGCACCUCAGCCAGCUUCAAACGCAUCCUCGGCACGGCCCAAGUUACAGAGACCAAGAACCCCUCCUACGUUAUCAAGGGGCUGACGGCAGGAGUGCAUUACUUCGUGAGAGUGAGCGCCUACAACGUGAAAGGAUGGGGCCCGCCUCAGUGCUCCACUCCAGCCAGCGCUGCCCCCUCCAGUUGGAGAGAGUGCGAUGGUGUAAAGUCAGAGUUCAGAAAUCAUGAGGCCCUCGUGAGGAAGCUGCUGGAAGAUGCCAAGGAGUCGCAUCUUAGAGGAUAUUGCAUAGAGAGCUCGAAGCCCCAGAGUCCCAGCAAGCGUCUGUCAGUGUCUCGAGGCAUCAAACAACUGUUCCAGUCCGCCACCAAGUUUGUUCGUUUCCUGCAGAGGGGGGUGUACUUGGCGACUGUGUUCUACCACAAGGAUAACAUCCUGGUCACAGCCGAAGAUCAGAUCCCACUGGUGGAGAUCCAGUGCUGCUCCACCUCCAUCACCCAAGACUUCCUUUGGUUUGCCAAGCUGUCCUGUGCAUGGCAGCAAGUGCCCUGGCUACAGCAAGGGCUUUCCUCCGCUCACUCAUCUCCCUCCUCCCUCCUUCAGAACAGACACAACAUUUUAAGAGCUGUUUCCCAGCUGCAGUCUUCUCUGGGAACAGUGGACCUGGGCCAGAUCUACUAUGAACCCCUGAAGGAUCGGCAGGGCAACGUACUACUAGUCACUCUGAAGGAAUUUUCAAACACUCCCAGCCCCCCCGACCCCCCGCUCCACUGGAUUCCUCUUGCACGGCUGGAAAAGAACCGCAGCAGAACGCCUCUGCUGCCUGAGCCCACCGCCAUGGACAUGCUCUAUGAGCAGCUCAAGGAGAAGCUGUCCUUUCACAGGCACAGCCUCCAGUGGGCCCAGCCAGGUCUGUAUGUGGGCAUCCUCAAACUGUGUAGCUCGGUGGAACAGAUCAGGGUGCUGGUGCCUCUGAGGUUGCCCAGUUUGCUCUGCCACACACGGGUUCGGCACAACGCGCACGUGACCAGAGAGGAGUGGACGUGGCUUCAGAGUCAUGUUUACACUGCAGCCAAUGGCGGCGUUCAGAGUCUGUUGGACGCUGAGGACGAGAGCACGAUGGAGAGCAGCAGUAUGGAGGAAUUCGUCAGGUCUCUGAGAGCAGCAGUCACACAUCUCCUGACGAAGCUCAACAUCCCCCUCUACAGGGCGUAUCAGUAUGGCGUGUACACCCGGGAGUUGCUUCAGUUUGGGGAUAACCUGUCAAUGCUGCUGCUGCUGCCUCCCAGUGAGGACUUCAGCUCCAGUUACUGGCCUCUGGUGGGGACCAAGGAGCCCGGCCUCACCAUGCCUCUGCAGAUCUUUGAGCUGGUUCACUUCUGGACAUAUGAACGGGACUUCCUCUCGCAGUACUGUCAGGCCUGGGUAAGGCUGGAGCUGGACACUCACCUUGCCCAGCAGGCUCUACGGGAAGCGCUGGAGACCAAAGAGGUGCAGGAAGCCCGGGAGCGGCUGAACCACAUCAGUGAGCUUUCACAGCGUCUGGAUGUGGUCUGGAGGGAUGCGCGCUGGAUUAUGGACUGUCUACAGUGUGUUCGGUCCAAGCAGUGGGUGGGGGCGGUGCCUUUAGGCCUGGUGAUGGGAGGAAACCCACCACCAUGUCCUGAUGGUGAGGAAGAGGAGAGUUUGACUGCCCGAUUGUCAUGGCCCCAUCGAUUAGCACAGAGAGCCAUUACAGAGAAUUCGGGCAGCGCGACUCCGCCAAACAUCGUCACCGCUGAGGUCUCAGCUCCAGCUGUCCCUGAAGAGGCUGCGCUGGUGUUGAUGGAGGGUGUCGUGAAGGGAGGGUACCCUGUAGACAUCACCACUCAGUUGCCUGCAGACUUGGCAAGUUCUGGCCAGUCAGAUUUGGGAUCUGCAAGUGCUUUAAUGGACUCUGGAUUGAAGCCUGCUGCUGCUGCAGAGCUGGAAGUGGAGUAUCCAACUUUGGACACACAGGAGUCCUACAGCAGAGAACAGGACUUCCCUUCCAGCAUCACUGAAGUAAUCCGGCCGAUGGAGAUGGCAGAGUUGGUGGACAUCUUGCCAACGCUGAGUCUCAUUGAGGAGGAAAACCCCUCGUGUCCAUCCACGCCGUCAGUAAUGGACAUGCUAGAGAGCUUCGGACUGGAGAUUGGUGAAAGAAACUCCAUCUUUGAGUUUGGGAAUUCAGACGCAGUGGAUGGAAGCAGCUGCCCGUUGUCACAAGAACAAUACAUGCCAGCCUCUUACGGCACGGUGAAUGCCGAAGAUGGCGACGCCCCUGUUUCCGCGGAUGUUCCUCAAGACAAAGCAGAGACUCAGAAGCUUCCCAGUAAGGGGACGUGUCUUCCAGUAAGGAAUCAAGUGGUGUGGGAGAGACCCUCUAACAGCCCAUCCUGAUAUCAGCUCAAACACCUGCAUCCUUCAGACUUUAGUGUUAAUUUACAUGCAGAAAAUCUAAAUUAGACAUUCCUCUUGUUUCCUGACCUUAAAUCAGUGUUUUAAAUGACAGGCAGAUACAAGCUCAUAUCGCACACUUGUCACACCCAAGAUAAUGGAAAAUACGGGAAAUGAAAAGGA